AUGUCCCUCAGCAGUUUCGAAGUAAUACCCAGCAACCACGGUGCAUUAAAUUUAAUAGAGGACUCAGUUGCACAUAUACCCCAUGCACCUAUUCUCACAGGCGUCUUUCAUGUGGAUCUUCAGGACACCCAUCACUCCAUUGCACACUCCGGUCCUUUAGGGCAAGUACCAAAUGAAUUCUUUCCAGUAAAAUCGCUUGUUACAACCCCGGUUAAGGUUGACGUUGUGGUAUUGUAUCAGGUGCGAGUGGUAUUAGACCUUUCUUCACCACAUGAACAUUCAGUUAACAAUGUCAUUACAAAAGAGGACUUUUCGCUCUCAUACUCAUCAUUUGACGAUGUGGUUGAAAUGGUUAAAAGGUUGGGUAGAAGUUAUUACAUGUCUAAGUUGGACAUAAAGCAUGCUUUCAGACUGUGCCUUGUGCAUCAUAGUGAUUGGAACCUAUUAGAUGAUUUCAUCACAACUGCCCUGCCUAAAAAUAUAUGUCAAUAUAUGUCAAAAAUAUAUGUAAAGUUGAUUAAGGACGUUUUUCACUUGCUUUAUGUUCCGUGGGCUCCAGAUAAGAUGGUAGGCCCCUGCCAAGUAAUUACAUACCUGGGCAUUGAAACAGACACAGUAAAGUUUGCUGUUCGUCUCCCACAAGAUAAGUUCACGGAAUUACUAUCUUCACUUCGUAAUUGGGUCUUUUUCUUUUGCGUGCAGGGUUGUGAAAUGUGGUCGAUUAUUGAUCUCUCCAAUACAGUUCGUUCCUUGCACCAUCAUAUUUCUAUAACAUCAGAAUCUCGCAAGGAUAUUCAAUGGUGGUGUGAGUUUCUCCCCACUUGGAAUGGCAUCGCUAUUAUCCACACUGAAACCUUAGACUCCUCUUCAAUAAAUCAUUUUAUUGAUGGUUCUGGAGUAGGCAUAGGAGGAUUUUUAUCUGGUGCAUGGUUUCAAUUGCCUUAA